AUGACUCCCAGUCCACCAGACUUUCUUCUGGAAAAACUUGGGAAGGCUUCCCAAUGCUCAAAACCGAUCACCGUUCUCUACGGCUCGAACACAGGCACUUGUCAAGCCCUUGCCCAACGGCUUGCAGCUGAGGCGGGACUUCGCGAGUUCCAUGCUGAUGUUCGCGACUUGGACAGCGCAACAAACGCCUUGCCGAAAGAUCACCCUGUUGUUAUCAUCACCUCCUCGUACGAAGGCCAGCCACCAGACAACACGGCCAGGUUCAUCGAAUGGCUGGCGAACCUGUGA